AAGAAAUCGGUAUGGACACAAAAAUAAAGAGCGGUCACUAUGUGUUUGGGUUAUCAGUCACAAAGUUAAGGUGAAUAUCCAGAUGUAAUCCUAUUGUAUUCAUAAGAAAAUAUGUUUAGCAGGUAAUCGAGGUGCUUGGCGACUUGCAGUGGGGUGACUGGUGUUGGCACAUAAUGGCUUCGAAAUGCAUCUUUUGCUUCAAAAUCACCUUAGAAAAUGAGAAAAUGGAAAUUACAGAACUGUUGAAUUUCAACAUUGAAAUUCAAAUCCUUCAUGGAAGGCAUUGGCUGCGUCAAAGCCAUAUUAUCACUGGCAAGCGGUGCACGAGACGUUUGAUUCACAGAAAUAAAUAAAAUGGGUUUAAAACCACAGUUGAGGACGAAAACAGUGUUUGGUUGUCAUUUCGCUACACCAUUUUUUCAAAAUAAGCUAAUUAACGUGUAUGUCAAAUGCGGGAGUCUGGUUGAUGCACAUAAAGUGUUUGACGAAAUGACAGAACGAGAUGGCUUUUCAUGGAAUGUGAUGAUUGCAGCUUACCGAAGACAUGGGUUUCCUCACAAGGCGUUGAAACUACUUCAGCAAAUGCAACGAACAGAUGUUCAACCCGAUGAAUUUACCUUUGCCAGCAUUCUCCCAGCCUGUGCCAAAAUAGGAGCUUUGGAGCAGGGUAUGGAAAUACAUCAGAGUAUAAUUGGUAGGGGAUUUUUAUUAAAUGUUGUAGUUGUGAGUGCACUGGUAGAUAUGUAUGCGAAAUGUAGAAGCAUACACAAGGCGCGUGAACUGUUUGACAGUAUGUCUGAACGAGAUGUGGCCUCUUGGAAUGCGAUGAUUGCAGGGUAUGCACAAAAUGGUGUCCUGGAUGAGGCUUUAAGGCUUUUCCAAGAAAUGCCUCAAAGAAAUGUGAUUUCAUGGACUGCAUUGAUUGCAGGGUAUGCACAAAAUGGUGUUAUUGAUGAAGCUUUAAGGCUUUUUAAAGAAAUGCCUCAUCGAAAUGUGGUCUCAUGGAAUGCCAUGAUUGCCGGAUAUGCACAAAAUGGCAUUCUUGAUGAGGCUUUAGCGUAUUUUGAGGAAAUACCCCAACGAAAUGUGGCCUCGUGGAAUGCUAUGAUUGCAGGCUAUGCACAAAAUGGGUUUAUUGAGAAAGCCGUGGAGACUUUCAAGCAAAUGCAAGUGGCGGGCAUAAUGCCAAACUUCACAACCUUUGCCAGCAUUCUUCCAGCCUGUACAAAAAUGCGAGCUUUACAACAUGGUAUGGACAUCCAUCAAACCAUAAUGGACAGCGGAUGCUCAUCAGACGUAGAAGUUCAAAGUAUGUUGGUAGACAUGUAUGCAAAGUGUGGAAAUAUACAGAAGGCACGUGAACUGUUUGACAAAAUGUCUCAGCGUGAUGAGGUUUCAUGGAAUGCAAUGAUUGCAGGAUAUGCACAAAAUGGGGUUCUCGAUGAGGCUUUGAGGCUUUUCAAAGAAAUGCCUCAGCGAGAUGUGGUUUCAUGGAAUACAAUGAUUGCAGUCUAUGCACAAAAUGGCGUUAUUGAUGAGGCUAUAAGGUUUUUCAAAGAGAUGCCGCAAAGAAAUGUGGUUUCAUGGAAUGCAAUGAUUGCAGGAUAUGUGCAAAAUGGUGUCCUUGAUGAGGCUUCGAGGCUUUUCAAGGAGAUGCCUCAACGUGAUGUGGUUUCAUGGAAUGUGAUGAUCGCAGGAUAUGCACAAAAUGGGCUUGCUGAAAAGGCUUUGGAGACUUUUAAGCAUAUGCAAUUGGAAGGUGUAAAGCCAGACUCCGCAACUUUUGCCGGCCUUCUCCCAGCUUGUGCCAAAAUGGGAGCUUUGGAACAGGGUAAGGACGUUCAUCAAAGAAUAAUUGAAAGCGGAUUUUUAUCAGAUGUUAUAGUUGCAAGUGCCCUGGUAGACAUGUACGCAAAGUGUGGAAGCAUACAGAAGGCACGUGAAAUGUUUGAUAAAGCGUCUCAAAGAGAUGCAGUCCUGUGGAAUGUAAUGAUUGCAGGAUAUGCAGUGCAUGGCUUUCACAAGGAAGCUCUCAAACUCUUUGAACUAAUGAAGCUCUCUGGGACAUACCCUGAUCAAGUAAGCUUACUUUGUAUUCUAUUUGCAUGCAGCCAUGCGGGUUUAGUCAAUGAGGGCUGUAAUUACUUCAAUGGUAUGAGUGAAUCUGAUUGCAUUAGGCCCACAAUAGACCAUUAUGCAUGCAUGGUUGACCUUCUUGGUCGUGCUGGGUGUCUUGAGGAAGCUCUAAUCUUUAUCAUCAAAAUGCCAAUCAAGCCUGCUGUGGUUGUGUGGAUGUGUUUGCUUGGUGCGUGUAGAUCGCAUAAUAAUAUAGCGUUAGGGGUAUUUACAGCAACUCUCCUUUUUGAUCUGGAUCAUAGAAAUGCUGCACCUUAUGUUCUUCUAUCAAACAUUUAUGCAGACGUGGGCAGGUGGGAUGAUGUUCAAAAGGCAAGGAGAUUGAUGAAAGAUAGAGGUAUUAAAAAGAUACCUGGAUGUAGUUGGAUUGAAGUCAACAAAAUGGUUCAUGCUUUUUGUAUGGGAGACAGAUCACAUCCACAAACACAGGAGAUUCACGCCACAUUAGAGAAAUUGUCUCAGGAGAUUAAGGCAGCAGGAUAUUCUCCAGGUUCAAUACACGUACUGAAUGAUGUGGAGGAGGAGGAAAAAGAAUUAUUUCUUUGCCACCAUAGUGAGAAAUUGGCAAUUGCAUUUGGAUUGCUCAACACAUCCCCUGGAACAGUUAUUAGAGUUGUCAAAAACCUUCGAGUCUGUGUUGCCUGCCACACUGCAACCAAGAAUAUCUCGAAGAUUGUUGCGAGAGAAAUUAUUGUGAGAGAUGCGAACCGGUUCCAUCAUUUCAAGCAGGGACAAUGUUCAUGUGGAGAUUAUUGGUGAUGCUUAACUGAAGCAACUAGCAAGCUUUAGACAGAGAAUUGUGCCAUAACAAGCUAAGAAACAGUCAGCUUUUAUUUCCAAUUUUCUAAGAUCUUUCUGAAGUUUUCGCACAGCUAGCCCAUGUUAUUGACUCGAUAUUAAAAAUCUAUAGCAUGCAUCACAGCCUAUAUCCCAAUUGGAUAUAUGAUAAAGUCCUAUUUUAGGAUGAUCUGGAUAUAUCAGAACAUUGAAUUAUUUUUUUUAGGAAAGCCUGUAUCUCUCUGGAAUGCAAACCUGGAAGGGGAUGAGAAGAGCAUUUUUUGACAGUUCUUUACCCCAAUCUUUGUCAUUGAGUAGCUUUUAUCUGGAUCAAUUGUAUUUGUGUGUGUCUAUGUCAGGUUUGGCAUCUAAGAUUAAUUUCAUCACCGGAACUAGAUCAUGCAUGUAAAUAUAUUUAUGCCUAUGUUUGUUUUGAAUGGUUAGAGAUUUCUCACGAUU